UGGAGCCGAAGUUUCUGUCUCAGUCGGGACGCCGCCGCGGCCGGGGCGAAGAAAGGGAGGAAGGAAGGAGCUCGAGGAGGGCAGGGAAGGCUCGGCGGCCUCGGGCACGGAGUGCCGGGCGAUGCGGGCGCGCGACGCUGCCCCCCGAGCCUGAGCGCACCGCCUCGAGCGUCGAGCGAGGCCGCAGCCAUGGAGCCCGCGCAGCAGCCGCCGCCCCAGCCGGCCCCGCAGGGCCCCGCGCCGCCGUCCGCGCCCGCGGCCCCACCGGGGACCCCCGCGGCCCCACCCGCACCCCCGGCCGGCCACCAGGUCGUGCACGUCCGCGGAGACUCGGAGACCGACCUAGAGGCGCUCUUCAACGCCGUCAUGAACCCCAAGACGGCCAAUGUGCCGCAGACCGUGCCCAUGCGGCUGCGCAAGCUGCCCGACUCCUUCUUCAAGCCGCCCGAGCCCAAGUCCCACUCGCGACAGGCCAGUACUGAUGCCGGCACUGCAGGGGCUCUGACUCCCCAGCACGUCCGGGCUCACUCCUCGCCGGCAUCCCUGCAGCUGGGGGCCGUCUCUCCAGGGACGCUCACCCCCACCGUGGUCUCUGGCGCCGCCACUCCGGCAGCGCAGCACCUCCGACAGUCUUCCUUCGAGAUCCCUGACGACGUGCCGCUGCCGGCAGGCUGGGAGAUGGCCAAGACGUCUUCCGGACAGAGAUACUUCCUAAAUCACAUCGAUCAGACAACAACAUGGCAGGACCCCCGAAAGGCCAUGCUCUCGCAACUGAACGUCCCUGCAUCUGCCAGCCCAGCGGUGCCCCAGGCGCUGAUGAACGCGGCCUCAGGACCUCUUCCUGAUGGAUGGGAGCAGGCCAUGACGCAGGAUGGAGAUGUUUACUACAUAAACCACAAAAACAAGACCACAUCCUGGCUGGACCCAAGACUUGACCCUCGUUUUGGUAAAGCCAUGAACCAGAGAAUCACUCAGAGCGCUCCAGUGAAACAGCCGCCACCCUUGGCUCCCCAGAGCCCGCAGGGAAGCGUCCUGGGUGGGGGCAACUCCAACCAGCAGCAGCAGAUGCAACUGCAGCAGCUGCAGAUGGAGAAGGAGAGACUGCGCUUGAAGCAGCAAGAAUUACUGCGGCAGGUGAGGCCACAGGCAAUACGGAAUAUCAAUCCCAGCACAGCAAAUGCUCCAAAAUGUCAGGAACUAGCUCUUCGAAGCCAGUUGCCCACACUGGAGCAGGAUGGAGGAACUCAGAAUGCCGUGUCAUCUGGGAUGUCUCAGGAAUUGAGAACAAUGACAACCAAUAGUUCAGAUCCCUUUCUUAACAGUGGCACCUAUCACUCUAGAGAUGAGAGCACGGACAGUGGCCUCAGCAUGAGCAGCUACAGUGUCCCUCGGACCCCGGAUGACUUCCUGAACAGUGUUGAUGAAAUGGAUACAGGUGAUACUAUCAACCAAAGCACCCUGCCCUCACAGCAGAGUCGUUUCCCAGACUACCUUGAAGCCAUCCCUGGGACAAAUGUGGACCUUGGAACACUGGAAGGAGAUGCGAUGAACAUAGAAGGGGAGGAGCUGAUGCCCAGCCUUCAGGAAGCACUGAGUUCUGACAUCCUCAAUGACAUGGAGUCUGUGUUGGCUGCCACCAAGCUAGAUAAAGAAAGCUUUCUCACAUGGCUAUAGAUGGCCGGGAGGCCACCCUCCGAGCCUGUGAAGGUGUGCAUCCCUCAAGUUCAGAUGAACCAGUGGCCGAGCUUCUGGCUAACCCGGGAAACAUGAACAGAUGUCCAGCAGGGAGCCUCCAUCACUGUCCGCUCUCCGCCCGUCGCUGCUGUUACUGUUGCUGACCUUCACAGCCAGCCCUGAAGAAUCAGAACCACAAAACGACAAAGGCCCUUUGGUUUCUUUUGCUCUGAUAGCUACUGUUCUUUUGGGUUGCUGGGGAAUACCCUGUCGGAUGAUGAUGGAUGUCCUUCCGUUUGCCCAGUGGUGUCUGCACCCAUCAUUUGAACUGAACACUCAGACUGGGAACUGAAAUGCUUCACGGCAGCGCAUUUGUUCAAGAGGUGGCUCCUUCAGCUGCCUUUGACCCUCUGGUCCAACAAGCCAAAAAAAACAUGGCGUCUGACCUUAGCUGUACUCAGUGCUGUUCGGGAGAUCACGGAGACUGACUUUUUAUCUCUUCUUCUAGUGAUGCCAUUAGUCACAUGGUGACCUGGAUUUUAUUUAGAAACUUAUAUGGCGUGAGACAGUUUCCAUAGAAAUAUAUUAAUUAUUGCCACAUACUCUAGGCUAGGAUUGAGUGGGUAUUUUUGUGGGUGCUGGUCUGUCUUUCUUCCUUUUAAGGUGAUUGAUUUUCUUGGCAUGUAGGCAAAUAAAGUAGCUUGGGGUGGGUGGUGCUGUUCUUUUGUGGGGGGCAUCUAUUUCCUGGCUCUUUACCGUCCUAUUUAAAUCUUGGUUAUCUCCUGUCUACAUACGUACACACACUUAUAAUGUCAACGGUAGUGUGGUAGCAGAGUGUCUCCUUUCAAACGUUUCCCUUCUUGCAAGUUGAUUUUUUUUAAAUGGUAGCCUUGAACAUGCAUUUAGAAUACAUGGCUAGUAGUUUAUGUUUCACAGAUAGAGCGACCUGCAGGUGUUUGAGGUCGGGCAGUGUUCUAGAAAGGGCUCUUGUGGUAAGGCCUAGGGGAGCUCUUGCCCUCCGUACAAUUUGGUGACUGGGACAGAAGCAAAUGGCUUCACUCCCCCUUGAGCGGAUUCAUGUUGAGCAGGAGCGAGCUUUGGAGGCGGGACUUCCCUUUGCCUUCACGUCAGUUUUGGGUGUAAGCUCAAGUACUUGAUGAGUUCUCACUUGUAGUGAACACAGUGAAGACCACAUUGAGUGUUAUCUACAAGGUCAUUUUUACAAAACCUGCUCACAUUUUCCUGCUGAAUGGACCCUGGGGAGUGUGUAGAACGCUGUGAGGUCAUGGGAAGGCUGGUGAAGUGAUCAGACAGUAAUGUGGGGGGUAGUUGAAAUUAGCAGAGAACUAGAGAUAGGUGUGAUUAUGCCUUUAUUUUUGCAAGAAGAGAGAUUGCUAGAGUAUGUGUCUCUGGGAGUAAUGAUGGUUUCCAAAGAGUAUUUUUUAAAGGAACAAAAUAAGCAUGAAUUAGCUCUUCAAUAUAAGCUAUAAAGUAAUAGUUGGUUAUGAACUGUAGUGGUACCAGCUAGCACUUCUGUCUCUUAAGGGUCUUUGCUUCUAGAAGAAGCCCUUAUUUUCAAGGGUUUUUAAUGAACAAACAAAACAUUCUUUCCCUGGCUACAGCUGCUGUAAAAAGCCUCAGCUUUGGAAGAUAGAACCUGUUGGCCCUUUGAUUUAGUUUGUGCAAGGAUGGGAGUAGGAAAGUUUUAUUCAGUACUCUGAGUGCUCAAAAAUGCAAUCAGUGUAUUAUUUUAUGUGAUGAUUCAUAGUCAGAACCAGUGUAUUAUACGUAUUCAUAGUCAUUUCUAGCCACCGACUCUAAGGCUUCUACUAAGAAAAUAGCUGAAGAUCCACCCUUGAAUUAGGUCUGGGGAAACGGCCACCAGGAGGAUGCGUUGACUUUAGUGUAGAAAUUAAAUUUUACUCGCAAUUCAAAAUCAAGCAGCUGGAAGACAGCAGUGUGGCGAGUGCCUGCGAUUUGCAUCCUCUGUAUGGGCAGACUAGCUUUAGUGUAGGGAGGGUGGGGAGGCGGGAGUGGGCUGGUGAAGUUAGUGGGGCCGUGAUAGAAGCGCUUUUAUAGACUUGUUUCUCAUCAGUAAAGACUGAACUCUUAAAGUUGUUCCUAAACUCUGAAUUGCUUAAGCUCACCACAGAGUGAGAUGUGCCAUCCUCCUCCUCCCUCGGGAUCGUUUGCCUGGUGAUACCUCAGUGUCCAGCAGCCUUGGUGCCUGACAGCUCUCUGACCUUCUCAACCCUUUGUGCUGACUGCGGGGACCUGCGCCCCUUUGCUGAAUCGCGGCUUCCAUGUAGUCUUCUUGAUGUGUCCUUCCCGUUGUAGACGUGUGUAAUGCUUCCUGACUGUAGUGGGUAGCAUGCGGAUAAGAAUUUAACUGGUUAUUCUUGAAUUUCUUUUACAAUAAACCAAUUUUUAUAAUCUUAAA